UGCCGGAUGUUCACGCAUUCGACGCCGGAAGAGGCCGGACCCAACAUGGCGGCGCCCAGCCCACGGGGGCCUGGGAGAAGCGCUCAUGUCCGCCAACGGAGCCGUGUGGGGGCGCGUGCGGAGCCGCCUCCGAGCCUUCCCGGACCACCUGGCGGCCUGCGGGGCUGAGGCUUCGGCGUACGGCAGGUGUGUGCAGGCCUCCACCGCCCCCGGAGGCCGCCUGAGCAAGGACCUCUGCGUGCGCGAGUUCGAGGCCCUGCGGAGCUGCUUCGCCGCCGCGGCCAAGAAGGCCCUGAUGGGAGGCACCUAGGAGAGCUGUGGGCACAGGUGCCAUGUACGGCGGCUCUGGGAAGCGCAAGUGUUCACGUUUCUUCUCAGCUGGAACCUUGGGUGGGGCAGUGUGUGAGGAUCUGGAUUUGAUUAAGAUGUAGCAGAAGUGAAGAUUAUUUAAUCUGCCACCGUUUCGGGUGUUUAUACACAGAGCAUGGUGUAAGGAACUCCUCUCCCCAAGAACAGGCAUGGCGGCUCACACCCAUCUCUAACUCCACUUCCAGGGGAUCACCACCUUCUUCUGGCCUCUGUAGGAACCAGACACACAUGUGGUACAGACAUGAAUACAUAAUAUAAAAUUAGUUAUUUUUCUUUCUGGGACAAGGUUUCUCUAUGUAACAGUCCUGACUGUCCUAAGAACUUGCUCUGGCCUCGAACUCACAGAGAUCCGCCUGCUUCUGCCUCCUGGGUACUGGGAGUAAAGGUGUGCGCCACCAACGCCCAGCUAAAAUUAAACCUUAAAAAC